AUGCCGCGUGCGAAGGGAAAGAUGCAGAAGUCGUCCAUUAAACUGGGCGCUCGCAUUGAGAAGGAUGUUAAAGGUGCUGCUGGUGAGCGCCCGCAAGCACAAACCUUGGACUUCCGAUCGGCAGCUGCGAUUCCCGAGUUCACGCUCGCAGAUCCGCUGGCCAAUGCCACCGGCAAGAGGGUUGCGACAAACAGUGGUAUGAAGACCACGUUCGCUGCAGAGUCCUCGUUGAACAUCGCCCGGCGCACCAAGAUGGGCUGCGUGCCUUUGGGCUGUGCCGUGGAAGAUGACGCAGCCAUCACUGAAGAGCUUUCCAUUGAGAACUUGGACCUCUCUUCACGCAGCAGGCAGUUGAUGCCACGCCGGCCCGCGUGGUCAUACGAGAUUAGCAGUGGCCGCUUGCAUCAUCGCGAGGCUCAGAGCUUCAGGAAAUGGCUGGAUGACGUACAGGAGAUGAUUCAAGAAAGGGGCGGCUACCCGCCGGCGUACGAGACGAACCUGCAAGUUUGGCGUCAGCUUUGGCGAGUGCUUGAGCGCUGCCAUGUCGCUGUCGUGGUGUUGGAUGCGAGACAUCCCCUCCUACACUUGCCGCCAGCGCUGGUCUACCAUGUAAACCGCACUUUGCGCAAGCCUCUCGUUGUGGUCAUGAACAAACUGGAUGCCGUCGAGCCGGAAAAUGCUGUGAGCUGGGCCAAGGCGCUGGCGGACGUCCCUGGAAUCUCCAACAUUCUCGGAUUUUCGAAGGAAGACUUGCGCGAGCGUGCUUUCAGCGGCCUCCGCAUAGGCAAGGCCGCCUUGAUCGAGGUCUGUCACGAGGCCUACACCGAGCACUUGGCGAAGAAUCCUGCGGCCAAAGCCGAAGCAGAAGCGGCGAGAGCCAGGGACCAGGUGCCAGAUCCGGACCCCGACCCGACCGAAGCAGACGUCGAGGACGCCGACUUUUCAGCUGCCUCGAGUUUCAAUGGCGCCCGUCCUGGGUUCUUCUUUGGCACAGGCGUCCAGGGGACAGGCUACUACCGAGACACGAAGGCAAAUGCAAAGACAGCGGCGCCCGCCAGGGCACGUGCUCCCGCGGGCGGCUAUGCUCCGGCCAUCCCGGCAGCGGCUGGCUCCGGAGCUGGGCCAGAAGACCUGGCGAUUCCGGACGGGAGCAUUAUGCUAGGCCUCGUCGGGCACCCGAAUGUGGGCAAGUCGUCCAUGGUCAACAGCCUCAUGGGCGGAAAGGUGGUCAGCGUCAAAGCAACGCCUGGCCAUACCAAAACCCUGCAGACGCUCAAACUGGACGACAAGACCUGCCUAUGUGACAGCCCCGGUGUGGUUUUCCCACGCUUGGAGGUCCCCAGAGAAGCCCAGAUCGUCGGAAUGCUGAUGCCGUUGGCGCAGGUUCGGGAGCCCUUCUCUGCGAUCCGAUGGGUUAUGGAUUAUGGGGCUCCCGGUUCCUUGGUAGACCUGGAGCCGGAGACCGAAACUUUGCGAGUGGACCUGGUCGCUGCGGAGCAGGACAUCAAAUCCAGAAAAAAACUGGGUGGCCUACGGCUUUUUCGGAUUGUGGAGUGA